AUGAAAAUAAAGUAUCAAGGGACGAAUCGAGUCAAGAAGGCUCAAUUGCAAACCCUACGCAAGGAAUAUGAAAUUCUGCAUAUGAAGGAAGGAGAAACAAUAACAACCCUCUUCUCUCGAAUUCUUACAAUCAUCAAUAAGAUGAAAGCCUAUGGUGAAAACAAAGAUGACAGCGAUGUUGUGAGUAAGAUUUUGAGGUCGCUGACUCCAAAGUUCAACUAUGUUGUAUGUUCUAUUGAGGAGUCAAACAACACAAAUGCACUGACCAUUAAUGAACUUCAAAGCAAGUUGCUUCUACAUGAACAACGUAUGUGUCCUUCUAUUGAAGAAGAGCAUGCUCUGGCUGUUACUUUUGGAGGUCGGGGAUGUGGUCGUGGAGCUUGA